AUGAAGCCUUACGUGGCCAUACUGAAGGACAUUACACAGACCCAAGAUGGAGCCAUGAUGGUAACUGGACAUUGGUUUUAUCAUCUGGAGGAUGCAAAAAAAAAAAAAAAUGUGAUGGCGGAAAUUGGCAAGCACGUACUAGGCGGGAGAUAUUUUAUAGUUUCCACCGAGAUGAAGAAUCUGCAGAAUAUGUUUUGCACAACUGACAGAGAAUAUGAUGAUGAAAAAUAUGUGAUUGAUUUGCUUGUCCAGAAGACAAUUUCACGUCUAGGAGACCUUCCUGACAUUGAACCUGGGGAUAAUUUUGUAGAUCAGGAAGAUCAGAGAACGAAAAAACUUCUUUUAGGGAUGAGGAAUAUGUCGCCUUUAAAUGUUUCCAGGGAGGAUGGAGGAAUUUUUAGAUCCCAUCAAUCUGUUAGUGCAGAAAUUCCUGGAAGAACUGAAAGUACUAUGCUAUCGUAUCACAACACAAGCAAGAAGAAUGAUGGGAAAGAAAAAAGGGGUGUUGGCAGCAGAAUUAUUAAUAAGAUUAGUCGCUUGAAUCUUAGUGAUAUGUCCUUUGUCUGGCCAAAUGCAGCUGUUAAUUCUAUAGUUGCUCUUGAGAAGGCUGCACACGAUGGACUUUCCUCAGAUUCAAAGAAUUCCUUUCCAGAACAAUGCUGUAUUAGCACGGCGUCUUCUGAGUGGGGAGCUGGAACCGUCCCAUAUACUGAAGAUGUCUCCAAAUGA